AUGGAUCAACUCACCGGAAAUGAAUCGCAUCUGGAAGAGCAGCCUGCGUGUGCAGGUUGCGGUCCCUUCAAUGACAAUGGCAGCUCCCAAACACUGGGUUGUGUGCCUCUCUCAAUUGGCCUCGCCGGCGUUUUCGGAAAUAUCAUGGUUCUUCUCGUUCUGCUAUCCCUUCCUCCCCUUCAGCAUCCCAGCAACCAACCCCUUUUCAUGCUAAGCCUCGGUUUCUCCGACCUGGCCUCCGCUCUCUGUUUUCUCCUCUUCAAUGCACGCUAUGCCUUCCUGGGUUGGGGACCGGCAAAUCGCUGGGAACUGGAUAUCGGUGCUGGUCUGGUCUACUGCCUCCUCAAUAUCAGUAUCAUCAGCACCAUCUGUAUUGGGCUGGACAAACUGGUUCACGUGACCCAGCCCUUUGCCUACACACGCUACUGGACACCCCGGCGCUGCGCCGGAUUCAUCCUCGCCUUCUGGCUUCUGUCCCCCUUCCCGGCCAUUUUACCCUCCCAUCUGGCCGCCAUUCCGCACUACUAUUACGAGUUUGAUAAACGUACGCUCACCUUUAUAACCGUCCAUGACUCCCAAGUCUCCCAACUCUUGGUGUGGCGAGCCCUUCUGUUCCUAUUCCUGGUGACCCUCUUUCUGAUUGGCUACCUGGGUCUGUGCAUCAUUAUUCGACGUUUUACGACGCCGCCGGUACUGUUGUCGAGGCAAAACUCUAGACCUCAACCGCCUCCUUUACAGACCACCACUACCACCACUACCACCACCACCACCACCACCACCACCGAAAAAGAUACUGGCGUUGACACCCAAAAGGCCCUGGUGACGGGGCUCUCAGUCAGUCUGAAGGGCACAAAAACCAUCGGCCUGGUCAUUAUGUCCUUCGCCAUGCUGUGGUUUCCGUACUUUGUAUUUCUCCUGUUGGACGCCUACCGAGUGACUCGCGUGGCACAAGAUCCGCGUGUGAGAAAAACUCAACAGGGUGUCUGCUCGCUGAGCCGACGUGUUCGUGACUUCAUUCUCAUAUGGCUGGCUAUGUCACACACCUGUACCAACGUGAUCAUCUACUACGCCACAUAUAAGCCCUUCAGGAAGAGUAUGACGCGACUGGUAAGGUUACGCAGACAGCGAGGUUAG